AUGAAGAUGGCGACACCACCAGCAAGUCCGGCGUCCAGCCUGGUCCCGGCAUCACAACAACCGGUCGGGGCAUGGGCGACGCCUGACGACUGGAUCAAGUUCCGCCCCAUCAUCACCCAGCAUUACCGGGACGAAAACAUGAAGCUCAAGGAGCUCAUCUUCUUCAUGGACAAGACGUACGGCUUCCGUGCCACGGCAAAGAUGUACAAGGACCGCUUGACAAAGUGGCGUAUUUCCAAGAAUGUCAGGGCCAGCGACAUCACCACCAUCGUGAAGAAGGACGACUCGGCAGGCGGCGAUGCAUCGGGCCCAGAGUUCUACAAGGUGGGCGACCGCCUCAUCCGUGCCGACAGGUUGCAGCAGGCCAUGCAGAGGAGGGCCACCGUCGCCCGGAGAGCUCUGAAGAACGAGUCCAAAACACAGGGUAGCGCAACUCUGAGCCCAGGUUGGGAGCUACUAACGCCCGGCCCCUUGUCGCCGUGGGAGUUCGCCCCUGGCACUGCGCCCCUGACGCCGCAGAUCAGCCCGCCCGACAGCAUUCGAAUUCCCGAGAGUAUUCUACUGCACAGCAGGGGCUACGUCCUUGGGACGUUCGAGACCACCAAGGUGGACGGUGUCGUUGUCGACCUGAAGCACGAGGGGCCGGUGCAUCGAUGUCGAAUGGCCUUCGAGGAGACGCUCGCCAACCUCAGCCUCGUCGUAGGCCUUGACAAGGUCGCGUUCAAGUCACUGGACGGAGCGUUCGACUUGAUUCGGCCAGGUCUACUUGACAAAGAUCCCCAAUUCGUUGUCGUAUUCAUGCAGAUAAUGUCCUUGUGCCUUUGGUUCAAGAAGCCGGACAUCAUGCAAAUACUGGUGUCGUACCUCCACGACCUCAGCAGGGUAGUGCUGGGCUCCAACCACCCGAUCACAUUGAUAUGCAGGGACCUCAAGCUCGCCGACGUCGAGACGAGCCGGCAAAUCUGCAAGCUCGCGGCCGAGGCGGCGUGGCACCAGUUCAGGGGAUACCUAUACCCGUUCGAUAUCGAAUCCUUUGUGCGGAUGACAGGCACGUACGCGGACAUACUCGACUCUCUACGGCUGAACGACGAACGAGAGGCAUUCCUGCGAUAUGUCGUAAACUCAUGCGACCCGGAGAUCGUCCCAGUGGAGCAGCGACUUCACCUGGAGCUACACCUGGUGAUGUGUCUGCGCAGGCAAGACAAGUUCCCCGAGGCGCUGAAGAGGCUGGAUCAGAUACGUCAAGACAUCAUGGACAACGAGCCAACAUUGAUGCGUGAGAGCGAGGAGAGGUGUGUUGAGCUGACGUACCAGGCACUGCGUAUCAACGGCAUGUGUGAGUGCGAUGGUGGCGACGCCGAGAAAGGCAAAAACUUUUUCAAGGAGGCCUUCCAACUCAUGGAGGAGAAGAAGGGGCGUAACAGUCCGAGGACGACAAGAGCCCUGCGAGACUUGAUCAGGUACAGCGGGCAUGACGAAGAGCUUAUGAGAGACUUGGAAGAUCGCCUGACGCGGUUCAGCCUGGAGACAGACAAUUUCUUCAUUGUAUGGCGCGACAACACUCAGCAAACCCAGCGAACUCCAUCGACAGCGCAAGCCAUGACGCGAAACUGGAACAUAGUCCGAGCCAGGCUCGCAGACCCGUUCGAGCCCGACUGGGAGAGAGUCGACCAGCAGGUCCAGGCCAUGAUCGUCGAGCAGGACGCCCACGGUGGCCAUAUUUACCCUCCUUUUCGUCUACCCAACCUUCUACCAUCGACUUCCUCGGGUCCAGCUGUAAUUGGCUCCCCCCUCGUCGAGCGACCCAGGCCGACCUGCGCCAUCUCGGCAGACGUUGCCUCGGCGCCGGCGCCCUCCACGCGCGAGCCAUACCAGCCGAGUAAGCAAGCGACGGCGCGGGACUAUCCCAAAUCAACGGCUUCUGACAUGGACAUGGCGCUGACCGCGUCGAAGCGUAUGGCGUCACGCGACGCGAAGGGCCAGGUCCGCCGGCGAGACAUGCAAGUCUUCUCUACGGGUACAAACAACCCAAAGAUGGACCAGCCGCUCACUGGCUCGAAGAGAAAGGCAAACGAACAUGAGCGUGUCGAAGGGCUGCCAGGGUGCCAAGCGUAG